AUGAGCAAAUCAAACGAUCUUUCGCCUACAUCAAGUAGUGUGGAUUUGAAAGAAACGGUCGAUACUUCCAAAAUGACACCCCAAGAGGUCAAACUGCUUAAAAUGUACGGCAAACUACCAUCCAAGAAGGAUCUUUUCAAGCACAAGUUGCAAGAACGAAAAUAUUUCGAUAGCGGGGACUACGCACUAAAUAAAGCAGGGGUAAAAUCUGACGAUUUGCAAUCGAAUUCAAUAGGAAACAGUCAUUUACCAGUGACAAACCCUAGUGGUCUGAGAGAAAGUAUCAUCAAGAGGAGACUCAGUAGCAGUGCCGGGGCUAUGGACUCCCAGGACCUACAAAGACAAGGAAGCAUAUCCAGCGGGCCUCCGCCAAGAUCGCCCAACAAGUAG